AUGCAGACGUCCCGGGCCGUCAAUUCCGCCAUGGGCGCCAGGGCAUUUGUCCCCGCUCCUAAGAUCCGAUUCCAGAUCCAGCGCCGGAAUCUUCAGGAUGUCGCGAUCACUAGAACUGGAAAGCCGAUUCUGAAGGUCCAGGGUGGCCGGUCCUCUUUGGGAGGUCACACCGCGACCGUCUUCGGUGCUACUGGUUUCCUCGGUCGUUACAUCGUCAACAAACUCGCUACGCAGGGAUGCACCGUUGUCGUCCCCUACCGUGAGGAGAUGACGAAGAGACACUUGAAGGUCACUGGUGACCUUGGCCGUGUCAACUUCAUUGAAUACGACUUGCGCAACACCCAGUCCAUUGAGGAGGCUGUGCGCCAUUCCGAUGUUGUCUACAACCUUGUCGGUCGUCAAUAUCCCACCAAGAACUUCUCCUACACUGACGUCCACGUCGACGGUACGGAGCGCAUCGUUGAGGCUGUUGCCAAGUACGACGUUGACCGCUUCAUCCACGUCUCUUCCUACAACGCCAGCCGGGACUCUCCUUCCGAGUACUUUGCGACCAAGGCCUGGGGUGAGGAGAUCGUCCGCAACAUCUACCCCGAGACCACCAUUGUCCGCCCUGCGCCCAUGUUCGGUUUCGAGGACAACCUCCUCCACAAGCUCGCUCGUGUGACCAACCUCCUCACAUCGAACCACAUGCAGGAGCGCUACUGGCCCGUUCACGCCAUUGAUGUCGGUACUGCUCUGGAGCGCAUGCUGCACGACGACAGCACCGUCGGUCAGACCUUCGAGCUGUACGGUCCCAAGAACUACUCCACCGCCGAGAUUGCCGAGCUGGUCGACCGCGAAAUCGUCAAGCACCGCCGUCACGUCAACGUGCCCAAGGCCAUCCUCAAGCCUCUGGCUUACUACCUGAACAAGUACCUCUGGUGGCCCACCAUCUCCGCCGACGAGGUGGAGCGUGAGUUCAUCGACCAGGUGAUCGACCCCAACGCCAAGACGUUCAAGGAUCUCGACAUUGAGCCUGUCGACCUCAGCACCCUGACCUUCCACUACCUGCUGGGUUACCGUAGCGCCUCGUACUACGAUCUCCCUCCGGCCACGGAGCGCGAGAGACAGGAGGAGAAGAAGUACCUGCACGUUCUGGACGACCAGUAG